AGUAUUUAGGUCAGUUAUGACAAGAUCGAGGAUAGUCUGUCUGGUAAGACAAGACUUAUCCAUCAUUUUCAAUAAGUCAGCGCCCCGAUUCUCAAAUUCUGAAGAAUCUGAGAAAUCGUGGAAGAUAUUAAGUCAUGAGGGACUUCUUCUUGAGGUUAAGUAUAACCUCGGAGGGAGUAAAAAGUUGCAGGUAUUGCAGGUUGAUAUGCGCCGCAGUGGAGAAGAGCCAAUCGACAACAACGAAUCGUGCCAUGAGGAUAACCGAUGUUUUCUAUUGAAGGAUGCCAUGUCUACGUCUCAGUACACGGGGAGAUUACGGAGAGAGUCUUCACUACCAGCAUUCCGAUCGGAGAUUCGCCAGCAGCCAGCAGAGGACGACCCACAUAUUUCAGAAUUUCAUU